AUGCAAGUCUGUCUAGUCAGAGCUUGGUGCUUCGGACUGGGCGUGGAGAAGGCCCGGACGGCCACCCUGGGCGGAGGUGGCCAUCGGAGGAGGUCGCCUGCACAGGAGUGGUCCGCUGCAACGGGCAGCUACUUCCAACAGUGGAGGCGCUUGCGCUUCGUGCCCCUCGCGGAGGGGGCCAUGAUGAUCAGGCCUUCCUCCGUGCGUUGCAGCAGCUCGUUGAGAAGUUUAGCCCUGCUUCCCCCAGCGAGAAAGGGAAGGGCAAACAGAGACCACAGCAACCCCACCAGCCACCGGCGGGCAAAGGUGGGAGAGACAGGGGCCAAGGAAAGCAGAGCAAAGGCAAGGGCCAAGCUGGGCCACCGAAAAGUGCGACAGCCAGUCAGUGAGGAUCAGCUGCUCGCGGCCAUUGGACGCCUCGUCCAACGCGCAUCGGUCAGUGGAGCUCACGGCCUGGGCGACAGGCUCCGCACUGUACUGGCUUCCGCCGAGGCUGGUCAGUCGCUUAAGAGCGGAAGAACCGAGCGCAGGCGCCGGGCCAAAGAAAAGAAGCGUCUUGCCUCUGGCAAGCAGUCCUUUUACGCGGCGUUUCCGCAGCAGGCUCCUAAGGUCGCUGAACAGAUUAGCAAGGGCAAGGGCAGUGAUAGCAAGCAUGUUGCACCGCCACAACCCACCUGGCAACUCGACAAGUCGGCCGAGGCCAUCACUGCGGGUGAGGCUAGGAGGCGCAUGCAUGAACAGAGGCCAUUGCAGGCACAAGCGGUGGUUGUCAAGAGCUCGGAAGAGGCAACCGAGCUGCGCAACCUCGCCCGUGUCAAUGAAGUGCAGGGAAAGAUUGCCUUGGUUAGCCAAAACGAUCUCGGCAAUGAAGCCACGCAUCGUGACAUCACUUGUGUGAGGGACGGACGGCGUGAAGUUAAGAAGUGGCAGGAGUUGGCGCUCACCAGUGAGGGUUGCCCUGCCAAGCCAGCCGUGCGGCGCACGUCUACGUUUCAGCCCCCGAGUCGUGAGCUCCAGACCGUGCGGGUCCUUGCCGUCAAGGACUACAUGGAACCGAUGAUCUGGCGCAACCUGCUGGACGGGCCCAAAGAAGUCGUGAGUAGGCUGUUGGGAACCAGGCCGCACCGUGCGGAGGGUUGGAAGCAACUUUCCACUCAAGGCGGGGACCAGCACUUUGUUGGCUACCUUACCUUCGUGAAGGCCGAGGCCGAGAAAGCACUGGCGUCUUCAGGUCGCAACGGCAUCUUCGUGGAGAAGCUAGCUCGCGAUCAGACCACUCGGCCAUUGCUACAGUGGAUACAGCCGGGCAAUCUCCAAGGCAUCAGCUACCUCCGCCAUGCCAUCAUGGAAGCUGCCGGCAAGCCGUUGGCCUUCCGUAAAGGCCAAGGAGCUGCGCUGGGCGUUCGCGCCCAAAAGGGCGAGACUCUGCAAGUUGCCAGCAACUGGAGAGUGUGUGGGGUUCCUAAGUCUUGGAGCGAGCAGGACGUUGUGGAUGCCCUUACGGGAGCCUCCUUCCAAGAAGUCACCGUGAUCAGUGAAGCCAGCGGUAGCAGGCCUUGGCUCGUCCGUGGAGUUCUGGGCGGCGACACUGGGGAGUUGGCGCUCCUCGUUGAGACGGGCAGCAAAGAGCUCCGUGUGGAGCGCGUUGUUGGCAGGCAACAAGAGGGACGCUACAGUGAGAAGCUUUGGCAGCCGCCCAAGGCUAAUCGCAAGGCCCCGGCGGCUGCUGCCCCUUCGGGUCUGCCUACCACGCAUGACCAGGCCGCUGUCUCCGAGGACAUGGAAGUGGACAGUGCCGCCAAUGCGGAGACUGGCCCGUCUACGGACGCUCAAAGUGGGCAACAGUCCAAGCCUGAGGCGGGGCAAGGUAGCACUGCGGGUGUUACACCGGCGAAGCGGCAGCGUGCACCAGACUCCGGCCGGUUGGGCAAAAAUGCCUGGGACGAAAAGGAGUGUGGAGCAGCUGGGCAUUGUUUCUACAACUGCGUGACAGCUGGUUUCGUCUUGAAGACGUCUAAGACGACAUUCACUGAGCUCGAGAAAGACUUGGCCUCCAAAGGCAGAGGACUCAGGAGCCGCAUUGCUUCCUACAUCCAGGGCCAUGAAGACCGUUUUCGGCCUUUCUUCGAGCCGAGCCGUGUGGAUCCGGCUGCUCCUGACCAGAAGGAGGCGGCUGAGUACCUCGCGAAGGUCGAGGAUGGCGACCCUCCGCAAGACUGGCAAGACUACCUCCAGGCAAUCUGGAGGCCGGCACGCUGGGCAGAUGAAAUAAGCUUUCGGGCGGCGGCUGCGCUCCUUGGCGUCAACCUUCAGCUGGUGUGUGGCAACCUUGACAAGCCGGACAAAGUCCUGACCUACCACAAUGCCAAGUCCACUACGGUUCUCUACCUUCACCACUCGCUGGGUCAUUAUACCCUCCUGUUGCCGAAAGGCGAGAACAUGCCAGACUACAUCCUUCCCGUGAGCUCGCCACAGGAAGGCUCUCAGGUCUUUGCCCCUCGGGGCGGCGGCCUCAGUGCGCACGACGCCAUUGAUGACUCAUGGAUCCCUGCGGAAGCGAGCACCGAUGAGGAUCGGCCCAUCUCUGCCGCGCCCUGCCGCCUCUCUGACGCUCCUGAGGUUGAAUCCCAGGACCGACGCUCUGCAAGCCGGAGCGAUCUCAUGCGUAAGGUCGCCCGAGCUGUGGCUAAGGCUAGGGUGCGCAAGCAUACUGUUGGCAGAAAGAAACAAUGGCAGUGCAAUGUGUGUUCUCUGACCUUGAGAGAGAACACCAUGCGUGCGUUGUCUGUGGCGCGUUUCGGCCACAUCAAGCGAGUGCACCCCAAGGUCCCUCUUGAUAGGUUUACUGACCUUAGGUCCUUCAUAGGGGUCACCUCGACAGUGUUUGACACGCCGAGCCCCGCUUGGAUGUGCGGGUACUGCCACGCUUUCCUCCCGAGGAUGCAGAGCAAGUACGCGCAGAGCAAAUCUGCGAAGCAUCACUUGAGUCAGUGCCCUCACGCCCCUGCUAAGGUCACACUCAUGCAGAAUAUGCGACAGAUCCUCGCUGCUGAGGGCCUGCCAGUUCCCAAGGGCAAUGCCAAUGUCUGCCAGGCCUUCGGAAGGAAGAUCGAUUUGCAAACAUUUCGGCCAUCGCCCAAAGAGCUUGAGGGCCUGCAAGCUGCCCAGGCGAGGAGUUCGUCGCCCGUUAUCCGUCGACACAAAGCAAGCAGUAGCUGUGUUUUCCAGGGAGGCCCGCCGUGUACCUGCAAAAAGCGCUCCGGCUCCAAGCCGGCUCACGCGGCGCAGCCGCCAGAGCACGGAGAACAGGCCGUCCAAGGCCCCAAGCGCCGAGGAUCGUCGUCGGCUUUCGUUGAGAGUGUACUCCCCGCAGGCCGGUUUCGCUUUGCCCUUAGCUCGCAGCCACGGGCUGAGAUGCAGCGCCAGGCUCAUGUCACUGAAGCUGAGGGCCGCUUUCGUUGUGAGCUUAAGCCGCCGCCGCGGGACGGGGGUUGGAUCCGUGACCUUACGGAAGAAAACAUUGAGUCUAAUCCGGGGCCGCCGGCUGCUUCUGUGCACAAGCUGCGAGUGACCAUCUGGAACUCGCAAGGGCACCAGCACAUCUUCGACGCCUUGGCUGCUCAGGUUUUUCGGGAUGUCGAUGUUGUGAUGCUUCAAGAGGUUAAUCUUUCCUCUGUCAAGCGCAAGGACCUCAUAAUGGUCGCUGCGGCACAUGGCUAUCAUUCUUACUUCUCCGCCUCGACGGCUGAAGUGGACUGCGCUGGCCGUGCUUUGAACCGGGGAGGACUCGCCACUUUGGUGCGACAAGAGCUGCCCUCGAGAGUGGUGGGCUGCGCAAAGUCUGCGGGGAACUUCGAAACUCUCAGCGUGCGCAUAGACGGCAUAGGCUGCCUAGUGAACUGCCACCAUAAGCCGGGAGGAUGCUGGCAUCAAUCUAGGGUGCAUCUUGAGGAACUGCUGAGCCAGGAGCCGAGGCUUGUCUUGGGCGGCGACCUCAAUUUACUCCCGAGCGAGGCCCGACUCGCAGGCAUUGAGCACCUAGCCGCCCCCUGCCAGGCCGACGGUAGCUUGCAGCCGACUCGUGUUGGAGGCCAGCGUUGCAUCGACUACUUCCUCGGCAAAGGUAUCUGUCUGCAGGAUGCCACCCGUGCCGACGAGUCGCUGAGUGAUCACUUUCCCGUCCAGGUCGAGCUUGAAACUGCAGGCAACCCCCGGGAGCAUCAGCUGGUUUUGAGGCCCACCACCUUCUACGGUCUCCCACAAGGUGCCGAGCCGGCCGCCUACACUUCGGCUCAGGAUGCGCAUUGGCAGCUCCACCCGGUGCCCCCGGACAGUGGCGACACGGAGGAGGAAUGGAGGUCUCCGCACCGAAGGGCGAAAGGCACGGGAUUUAGCACCAUUGGGCGCUCCGCCUUUGCACCGGGGCGCUUGCUCAAACUGCAGGGCCGCAUCCGAGAGUGGCAAAGGCAAGCCCGUUUGGGCGCGAGCACCGACCAUCUUCAUGCUUGCGUUGCCCGGUCGUGGCUCAACUGUUGCGGGGCGCUCCCUCAAACCCCAGCCGAAGCAGAGCACCUAGUCACGACUUGCAUCGCCGAUUUUCAGGCGACUCAGGCCCGAGAAGCUGUUCAUCGGUGGCAGCGAAAGCUAGCAGCACGGGGCAGGGAGGCUACGAAGUGGCUCAAGGGCAGGCAGCGCCGAAUUACGGGCGUACUUGGCUCGGCGGGCGGACCCCAGGGCGGUGUGCUAUCGACAACCGCUAGCCUUCAGCACAUUCAAGCCUUCUGGGCGAAAAUCUGGGAUCGUCCAUUGGUCUGCCGUGAGAGGGCGUUGCGUGCAUGGCGCCGUCAUGGGAGACACCAGCGAUGCAGUUUCCAGGCAGAGCAUGUUUGGCAGCCAGAGGCAUUGCAUAAGGCAGCCAUUUCCAAAGCAAGUUCUGCUCCGGGUAUCGACGGAUGGCGAGGGGAAGAGGUCAAGUACUGGCCACGCUCUGCAUGGGCGGCGUAUGCCGUCUUGCUCAAACGUUGGGCUGCACGGGGCAGCUUUCCUCAAGCUUGGCAGGCCAUGCGUCAGGUCCAGGUGCCAAAGGCUGAGGCGGCCGACCUCUCCGGGGAAAUCGCCGCCUCUGACUUGAGGCCCAUCGUCGUCAUGUCCAUCUUGUGGCGGGUCACCUCCUCGACUGUCGCCAGCUGUGAAGCGGUGCAGAACUGGCAGGCUGCUGUGCUCGCACCCAGCCAGUUCGGCGGGAUCAAGGGCCGACACGUUCACCACGGCAUCGGCAGCCUCGCGGGGCCCUUCACCGAAGGGUCUCCUCUUGCUAGCUUGGAUUAUGCCAAAUGCUUCGAUCACGUUGACCCUGCUCUGGCAUGUGAUGUGAUGCAAGAGGCAGGAUUUCCUGCUACCGUCCUCCGGAUGCUCAGGCAUACAUGGGAUCAGACUCGGUUUUUGGAAGUCAACGGCUGCACUCAAGCCACAGGUCAUCGGGUUCUCGCCUCUCUGCCCCAGGGCGAUGGCCUUGCGCCAUUAGCUCUGAAUGUCGCUGAGCACUUCGGUGCGGCCCUGCAGCAGAGUGUGUUCCUGGACGAUCGGGCCUUCACUGUAGCCCGCAUCGUAUCCCUGAGGUUCUACAAGCUUGGGACAGAUGGUCGCAGCUGCUUGGCCGGCCUUGGGCAUUGGCUCAAGGGCCAGACGCGGGUACUCGGAGUGGACUUUGUGGCACGUCCUGAGGACAUUGGUGCUACGACGACGGCCCGAACUACCGAGGCGCUGCGCCUCGGGCGCAAACUCCUUGCAAAAGGGAUCGCAUUGGACAUCCGGCGCGACUUGUGGCGCACACGGAUCGUCCCAUUGGCUACCUGGGGUCAUCUCUUUGCCGCUCCGGCAGCUGAGGAUGUGAAAGCAUUGCGCAACUUAGGUGCUGCUGUCCUUUACAGCCACAGGGCUGCUAGCAUCCACUUGAGACGACUUUUGGAAGGCCAUAACAUGGAUUUUCUUUUCCAAGCAGGCAUGCAUGCUGUGCACGCUUUACAUGCAAGCACGAGCUGGAGCACCGUGGCUCGCUCGCCAAAUCCAGGGUCCUGGUUUGCUAGGGUUAAGGGCUUCCUCUGUGACAUGGGUUGGCAUCCUGAGUCUACGACCGUGUUUACUACCAGCCAGGCGCGGAUUGAUUUCGGAGCAGAUCGGAUUGGGGCCAUUGCCCACCGACUGAGGGCGCAGUGGAGGCAACAACAGCUGGCUGGCUUCAUCGCCUCGGGUCGCAGGGACGCUGCUCGUAUGCAGGGCUGGAAUCCUGGAGCGGCCGUUGUCAGUUGUGCAGUCAAGCUUUACCAGCAGGCCCCUGCUGAGGGCAAGGCAGUGCUUUCAGGCGCCGCGUGCAGUACGGCGUACUAUGAGGUGCGCAAGACUGGCUCGGCAAGUUCGACGUGCACAUGGUGUGGUGCCCCCGUGGCUGCUACUUGGGAACACUUGGCUUGGCAUUGCCCAGCUAUGCUCGGCGAGCGCCCCGCUCGUCCCAGAGAUGAGGCCUCCUGCAGGUUGGGAUGGCCACAGGCGGGCGAGACCUUGAACCAGGCUGCGGACAGGCUUCGAUGGUUGGUCUUCGGGCCUGUAGGCCAUUCAAGUCUCACACACGAUGGAAGUGGAACCCGCCGCCGCAAGGGCGACGAUGAUGGCAGCCGGCGCCGCAAGGGUGAUGACGACGAUGGAAGUGGAACCCGCCGCCGCAAGGGCGACGAUGAUGGCAGCCGGCGCCGCAAGGGUGAUGACGACGAUGGAAGUGGAAGCUGGCAUGGAAGUACCUCCACGUGGUGCCAGCGGGCCUCCGAGGAGGAGGAACAAAACUUCAACGAUAUGAUCAAGAUCAAAGCGGAGGCCAAUGAAUCUAGCAGCGAAGGCUCUGGGGAGCUGGGCUGCUACUUCCAAUUCGAAGGAUGGCGCGGCAGCCAACGGCCGCGGACACGAUGGAGAACAUGUUUGAUGGCAAAUGUACCUCCAACCCGGAGGGGACUCUUUUCAGACGUGCAAGGUAUCAUGUGCUGCUGGGGCCUUGGGCGGCCGGGCAGCAGAGACUUUGCAUGGCUGUGGCAGUGCAUUUUCGACGCUCUUCUGGUUUCUGUCUUGGGUGAUGCUGGGGCAUGGGACAGUGAGUCAGGGACGCCGAAGCUUAGCACACGCAAGACCCGAUUCCGCUGGCAUCGCUGCCAGAGGUGCAAGACGGCCCGCUUCCAGAAGAGGCAUGAACAGAGGCCAUUGCAGGCACAAGCGGUGGUUGUCAAGAGCUCGGAAGAGGCAACCGAGCUGCGCAACCUCGCCCGUGUCAAUGAAGUGCAGGGAAAGAUUGCCUUGGUUAGCCAAAACGAUCUCGGCAAUGAAGCCACGCAUCGUGACAUCACUUGUGUGAGGGACGGACGGCAUGAAGUUAAGAAGUGGCAGGAGUUGGCGCUCACCAGUGAGGGUUGCCCUGCCAAGCCAGCCGUGCGGCGCACGUCUACGUUUCAGCCCCCGAGUCGUGAGCUCCAGACCGUGCGGGUCCUUGCCGUCAAGGACUACAUGGAACCGAUGAUCUGGCGCAACCUGCUGGACGGGCCCAAAGAAGUCGUGAGUAGGCUGUUGGGAACCAGGCCGCACCGUGCGGAGGGUUGGAAGCAACUUUCCACUCAAGGCGGGGACCAGCACUUUGUUGGCUACCUUACCUUCGUGAAGGCCGAGGCCGAGAAAGCACUGGCGUCUUCAGGUCGCAACGGCAUCUUCGUGGAGAAGCUAGCUCGCGAUCAGACCACUCGGCCAUUGCUACAGUGGAUACAGCCGGGCAAUCUCCAAGGCAUCAGCUACCUCCGCCAUGCCAUCAUGGAAGCUGCCGGCAAGCCGUUGGCCUUCCGUAAAGGCCAAGGAGCUGCGCUGGGCGUUCGCGCCCAAAAGGGCGAGACUCUGCAAGUUGCCAGCAACUGGAGAGUGCGUGGGGUUCCUAAGUCUUGGAGCGAGCAGGACGUUGUGGAUGCCCUUACGGGAGCCUCCUUCCAAGAAGUCACCGUGAUCAGUGAAGCCAGCGGUAGCAGGCCUUGGCUCGUCCGUGGAGUUCUAGGCGGCGACACUGGGGAGUUGGCGCUCCUCGUUGAGACGGGCAGCAAAGAGCUCCGUGUGGAGCGCGUUGUUGGCAGGCAACAAGAGGGACGCUACAGCGAGAAGCUUUGGCAGCCGCCCAAGGCUAAUCGCAAGGCCCCGGCGGCUGCUGCCCCUUCGGGUCUGCCUACCACGCAUGACCAGGCCGCUGUCUCCGAGGACAUGGAAGUGGACAGUGCCGCCAAUGCGGAGACUGGCCCGUCUACGGACGCUCAAAGUGGGCAACAGUCCAAGCCUGAGGCGGGGCAAGGUAGCACUGCGGGUGUUACACCGGCGAAGCGGCAGCGUGCACCAGACUCCGGCCGGUUGGGCAGAAAUGCCUGGGACGAAAAGGAGUGUGGAGCAGCUGGGCAUUGUUUCUACAACUGCGUGACAGCUGGUUUCGUCUUGAAGACGUCUAAGACGACAUUCACUGAGCUCGAGAAAGACUUGGCCUCCAAAGGCAGAGGACUCAGGAGCCGCAUUGCUUCCUACAUCCAGGGCCAUGAAGACCGUUUUCGGCCUUUCUUCGAGCCGAGCCGUGUGGAUCCGGCUGCUCCUGACCAGAAGGAGGCGGCUGAGUACCUCGCGAAGGUCGAGGAUGGCGACCCUCCGCAAGACUGGCAAGACUACCUCCAGGCAAUCUGGAGGCCGGCACGCUGGGCAGAUGAAAUAAGCUUUCGGGCGGCGGCUGCGCUCCUUGGCGUCAACCUUCAGCUGGUGUGUGGCAACCUUGACAAGCCGGACAAAGUCCUGACCUACCACAAUGCCAAGUCCACUACGGUUCUCUACCUUCACCACUCGCUGGGUCAUUAUACCCUCCUGUUGCCGAAAGGCGAGAACAUGCCAGACUACAUCCUUCCCGUGAGCUCGCCACAGGAAGGCUCUCAGGUCUUUGCCCCUCGGGGCGGCGGCCUCAGUGCGCACGACGCCAUUGAUGACUCAUGGAUCCCUGCGGAAGCGAGCACCGAUGAGGAUCGGCCCAUCUCUGCCGCGCCCUGCCGCCUCUCUGACGCUCCUGAGGUUGAAUCCCAGGACCGACGCUCUGCAAGCCGGAGCGAUCUCAUGCGUAAGGUCGCCCGAGCUGUGGCUAAGGCUAGGGUGCGCAAGCAUACUGUUGGCAGAAAGAAACAAUGGCAGUGCAAUGUGUGUUCUCUGACCUUGAGAGAGAACACCAUGCGUGCGUUGUCUGUGGCGCGUUUCGGCCACAUCAAGCGAGUGCACCCCAAGGUCCCUCUUGAUAGGUUUACUGACCUUAGGUCCUUCAUAGGGGUCACCUCGACAGUGUUUGACACGCCGAGCCCCGCUUGGAUGUGCGGGUACUGCCACGCUUUCCUCCCGAGGAUGCAGAGCAAGUACGCGCAGAGCAAAUCUGCGAAGCAUCACUUGAGUCAGUGCCCUCACGCCCCUGCUAAGGUCACACUCAUGCAGAAUAUGCGACAGAUCCUCGCUGCUGAGGGCCUGCCAGUUCCCAAGGGCAAUGCCAAUGUCUGCCAGGCCUUCGGAAGGAAGAUCGAUUUGCAAACAUUUCGGCCAUCGCCCAAAGAGCUUGAGGGCCUGCAAGCUGCCCAGGCGAGGAGUUCGUCGCCCGUUACCCGUCGACACAAAGCAAGCAGUAGCUGUGUUUUCCAGGGAGGCCCGCCGUGUACCUGCAAAAAGCGCUCCGGCUCCAAGCCGGCUCACGCGGCGCAGCCGCCAGAGCACGGAGAACAGGCCGUCCAAGGCCCCAAGCGCCGAGGAUCGUCGUCGGCUUUCGUUGAGAGUGUACUCCCUGCUGCCGCAGGCCGGUUUCGCUUUGCCCUUAGCUCGCAGCCACGGGCUGAGAUGCAGCGCCAGGCUCAUGUCACUGAAGCUGAGGGCCGCUUUCGUUGUGAGCUUAAGCCGCCGCCGCGGGACGGGGGUUGGAUCCGCGACCUUACGGAAGAAAACAUUGAGUCUAAUCCGGGGCCGCCGGCUGCUUCUGUGCACAAGCUGCGAGUGACCAUCUGGAACUCGCAAGGGCACCAGCACAUCUUCGACGCCUUGGCUGCUCAGGUUUUUCGGGAUGUCGAUGUUGUGAUGCUUCAAGAGGUUAAUCUUUCCUCUGUCAAGCGCAAGGACCUCAUAAUGGUCGCUGCGGCACAUGGCUAUCAUUCUUACUUCUCCGCCUCGACGGCUGAAGUGGACUGCGCUGGCCGUGCUUUGAACCGGGGAGGACUCGCCACUUUGGUGCGACAAGAGCUGCCCUCGAGAGUGGUGGGCUGCGCAAAGUCUGUGGGGAACUUCGAAACUCUCAGCGUGCGCAUAGACGGCAUAGGCUGCCUAGAACUGCUGAGCCAGGAGCCGAGGCUUGUCUUGGGCGGCGACCUCAAUUUACUCCCGAGCGAGGCCCGACUCGCAGGCAUUGAGCACCUAGCCGCCCCCUGCCAGGCCGACGGUAGCUUGCAGCCGACUCGUGUUGGAGGCCAGCGUUGCAUGGACUACUUCCUCGGCAAAGGUAUCUGUCUGCAGGAUGCCACCCGUGCCGACGAGUCGCUGAGUGAUCACUUUCCCGUCCAGGUCGAGCUUGAAACUGCAGGCAACCCCCGGGAGCAUCAGCUGGUUUUGAGGCCCACCACCUUCUACGGUCUCCCACAAGGUGCCGAGCCGGCCGCCUACACUUCGGCUCAGGAUGCGCAUUGGCAGCUCCACCCGGUGCCCCCGGACAGUGGCGACACGGAGGAGGAAUGGAGGUGGUUUAGCGCCACUGCCGAAGGCGCUUGCAGACACGCCACUGCCGUGUUCGGCUGCAUACGUGACCCUCCGCACCGAAGGGCGAAAGGCACGGGAUUUAGCACCAUUGGGCGCUCCGCCUUGCACCGGGGCGGCACGGAAGCCCACUCCUUCCAUAUGAGGCGCUUGCUCAAACUGCAGGGCCGCAUCCGAGAGUGGCAAAGGCAAGCCCGUUUGGGCGCGAGCACCGACCAUCUUCAUGCUUGCGUUGCCCGGUCGUGGCUCAACUGUUGCGGGGCGCUCCCUCAAACCCCAGCCGAAGCAGAGCACCUAGUCACGACUUGCAUCGCCGAUUUUCAGGCGACUCAGGCCCGAGAAGCUGUUCAUCGGUGGCAGCGAAAGCUAGCAGCACGGGGCAGGGAGGCUACGAAGUGGCUCAAGGGCAGGCAGCGCCGAAUCACGGGCGUACUUGGCUCGGCGGGCGGACCCCAGGGCGGUGUGCUAUCGACAACCGCUAGCCUUCAGCACAUUCAAGCCUUCUGGGCGAAAAUCUGGGAUCGUCCAUUGGUCUGCCGUGAGAGGGCGUUGCGUGCAUGGCGCCGUCAUGGGAGACACCAGCGAUGCAGUUUCCAGGCAGAGCAUGUUUGGCAGCCAGAGGCAUUGCAUAAGGCAGCCAUUUCCAAAGCAAGUUCUGCUCCGGGGAUCGACGGAUGGCGAGGGGAAGAGGUCAAGUACUGGCCACGCUCUGCAUGGGCGGCGUAUGCCGUCUUGCUCAAACGUUGGGCUGCACGGGGCAGCUUUCCUCAAGCUUGGCAGGCCAUGCGUCAGGUCCAGGUGCCAAAGGCUGAGGCGGCCGACCUCUCCGGGGAAAUCGCCGCCUCUGACUUGAGGCCCAUCGUCGUCAUGUCCAUCUUGUGGCGGGUCACCUCCUCGACUGUCGCCAGCUGUGAAGCGGUGCAGAACUGGCAGGCUGCUGUGCUCGCACCCAGCCAGUUCGGCGGGAUCAAGGGCCGACACGUUCACCACGGCAUCGGCAGCCUCGCGGGGCCCUUCACCGAAGGGUCUCCUCUUGCUAGCUUGGAUUAUGCCAAAUGCUUCGAUCACGUUGACCCUGCUCUGGCAUGUGAUGUGAUGCAAGAGGCAGGAUUUCCUGCUACCGUCCUCCGGAUGCUCAGGCAUACAUGGGAUCAGACUCGGUUUUUGGAAGUCAACGGCUGCACUCAAGCCACAGGUCAUCGGGUUCUCGCCUCUCUGCCCCAGGGCGAUGGCCUUGCGCCAUUAGCUCUGAAUGUGCUGUUGUCGAGCCCUUGCCGCCAGGUCGCUGAGCACUUCGGUGCGGCCCUGCAGCAGAGUGUGUUCCUGGACGAUCGGGCCUUCACUGUAGCCCCGCAUCGUAUCCCUGAGGUUCUACAAGCUUGGGACAGAUGGUCGCAGCUGCUUGGUCUCCGUGAAAACAUCACCAAACGAGCCGUUGUGUGCAACAGCACUGCAGCUGCCGACACGGUGAGACAGGCCGGCCUUGGGCAUUGGCUCAAGGGCCAGACGCCGGACAUUGGUGCUACGACGACGGCCCGAACUACCGAGGCGCUGCGCCUCGGGCGCAAACUCCUUGCAAAAGGGAUCGCAUUGGACAUCCGGCGCGACUUGUGGCGCACACGGAUCGUCCCAUUGGCUACCUGGGGUCAUCUCUUUGCCGCUCCGGCAGCUGAGGAUGUGAAAGCAUUGCGCAACUUAGGUGCUGCUGUCCUUUACAGCCACAGGGCUGCUAGCAUCCACUUGAGGCGACUUUUGGAAGGCCAUAACAUGGAUUUUCUUUUCCAAGCAGGCAUGCAUGCUGUGCACGCUUUACAUGCAAGCACGAGCUGGAGCACCGUGGCUCGCUCGCCAAAUCCAGGGUCCUGGUUUGCUAGGGUUAAGGGCUUCCUCUGUGACAUGGGUUGGCAUCCUGAGUCUACGACCGUGUUUACUACCAGCCAGGCGCGGAUUGAUUUCGGAGCAGAUCGGAUUGGGGCCAUUGCCCACCGACUGAGGGCGCAGUGGAGGCAACAACAGCUGGCUGGCUUCAUCGCCUCGGGUCGCAGGGACGCUGCUCGUAUGCAGGGCUGGAAUCCUGGAGCGGCCGUUGUCAGUUGUGCAGUCAAGCUUUACCAGCAGGCCCCUGCUGAGGGCAAGGCAGUGCUUUCAGGCGCCGCGUGCAGUACGGCGUACUAUGAGGUGCGCAAGACUGGCUCGGCAAGUUCGACGUGCACAUGGUGUGGUGCCCCCGUGGCUGCUACUUGGGAACACUUGGCUUGGCAUUGCCCAGCUAUGCUCGGCGAGCGCCCCGCUCGUCCCAGAGAUGAGGCCUCCUGCAGGUUGGGAUGGCCACAGGCGGGCGAGACCUUGAACCAGGCUGCGGACAGGCUUCGAUGGUUGGUCUUCGGGCCUGUAGGCCAUUCAAGUCUCACACACGAUGGAAGUGGAACCCGCCGCCGCAAGGGCGACGAUGAUGGCAGCCGGCGCCGCAAGGGUGAUGACGACGAUGGAAGUGGAACCCGCCGCCGCAAGGGCGACGAUGAUGGCAGCCGGCGCCGCAAGGGUGAUGACGAUGGAAGUGGAACCCGCCGCCGCAAGGGCGACGAUGAUGGCAGCCGGCGCCGCAAGUACAGCCACCAUCGGCGUCAUUACAAGGACGGGGAUGACUGA